AUGGAGCUUUACAGUGCUACGCAAGAAGGUGAUUUGGAGCGUGUCAGGGAAUUGCUCGACAACGGGGCAUCCAUAAAUAAAAUGUUGUUCUCCGAUUCAAGCGGAGCAGGUCUAACACCGUUGCAUUGCGCAAUUGGGAACUUGGAAAUGGCUCGAUUACUUUUGGAUCGAGGUGCUGCAUUGGAACCAGGCGACUUCGAGGACGUCGAGGAGGGGGAUGAGGAAGUCACCGACGAUGAGGAAGAGGAUGAAGAAGUCAACGACGACGAGGAAGAGGAGGGGGAGGAAGUCAACGACGACGAGGAGGAGCAUGACGACGAAUCGGAUGACGAAUCGGACGACGAAUCAGAUGAUGGAUCGGAUGACGAAUCAGACGGCAAGGAGAAGUAUAUUGCUCCAUUGCAUUUGGCGUGCAAAGAAAAUCAUUUGGAGGUGGCUCGACUGUUUUUGGAUCGAGGAGCCCAAUGUGGAUGUAAAGACACAUUCAGAUGCAACACCAUUGCAUUAUGCAUGUAA